CGGUGCCGGCGCAGGGCCAGGCCAGGCCGGGCCGGGCCGGGCCGGGGACACCAUGGCCUUGUGGCGCGGGUGGCGGCGCGGCGGGGCCAUGUCCCUGCGGGGCCUGCUGGAGGCCGCGGGGCAGUGCCGCGGGGCGCAGAUGCACUGUUUACAAGGGAGAAGUUCAUUUCUAUCAUUUCCAAAACUACGUAGUAUAUUUUGGAGGCUUCAUCAUACAACAGCAUCACGAGCAUGCAGCUGUAGCAAAACGGUUAGCGAUGAAAAAUAUCAGGACCCUUUUAAACUUGGUAGGAAAGACUUGAAGAAUCUCUAUGAGGAUAUUAAAAAGGAACUACUUGUAUGUACAGCAGAACUUAGGGAAAUGUGUGAAUAUUACUUUGAUGGAAGAGGGAAAGCCUUUCGACCAAUGAUUGUGGUGCUAAUGGCAAGGGCAUGCAACAUUCAUUACAACAACUCCAGGGAAGUACAAGCAAGCCAACGCUCUGUGGCCAUAAUUACAGAGAUGAUUCACACUGCUAGUCUAGUUCACGAUGAUGUUAUUGAUGAAGCAAAUUCUCGGCGAGGAAAAAUGACAGUUAAUCAAAUCUGGGGAGAGAGAAAGGCUGUUCUAGCUGGUGAUUUCAUCCUGUCUGCAGCUUCUUUAGCUUUAGCACGGAUAGGAAACACUAAUAUUGUAUCUGUUUUAACUCAGGUGAUUGAAGAUUUGGUGCGUGGUGAAUUCCUUCAGCUGGGCUCCAAAGAAAAUGAAAAUGAGAGAUUUGCUCACUACCUCGAGAAGACAUUUAAGAAGACUGCAAGUCUUAUAGCGAACAGUUGUAAAGCAGUUUCUAUUCUGGGCUGCCCUGAUCCAAAAGUUCAUGAGAUUGCAUAUCAAUAUGGAAAAAAUGUUGGCAUAGCUUUUCAGCUAAUAGAUGAUGUGCUGGAUUUUACAUCGUGUGCUGACCAAAUGGGGAAGCCGACAGCAGCAGAUCUCAAGCUUGGAUUGGCCACAGGCCCAGUUUUAUUUGCUUGCCGACAGUUUCCAGAAAUUAAUGCUAUGAUAAUGAGGAGAUUCAGUUUGCCAGGAGAUGUUGAACGUGCAUGGGAAUAUGUACUCCAGAGUGACGGUGUGCAGCAGACAAACUACCUCGCUCAACGCUACUGUCAUGAAGCAAUGAAAGAGAUCAGUAAACUGCGACCAUCCCCUGAAAGAGAUGCCCUCAUUCAGCUCACAGAAAUGGUACUUACCAGAGACAAGUGACAAACUCCUUCCACUAGUUCUGGCGGCAGCUAUGUACCAGACGGUGCCUACAUUUCUUUUUGGAACAUUGUGGUUUGCUUCCAGUGCAGGUUACCAAAAUAAUUUUUUUUUAAAAAGGAAAAAGAAAGCCCCCACUGGAGUUGCACUUUUUUAAAAAAAAAAGUUGAUGUUUUAUUGAAGGAAGCCAUACACCUGUGAAAUCAAUCAAUCCAUUUAUUAAAUUCUAUUCAUGCUGUAUAAUGUUUUAAUGAAGACUUUGAUGUUGUGUGGGGCAUUGUUUACACUUAAUGUUAAUGCACAAGGCCACAAUAAAAAUAAAUAUAAUCAAUGUAUUAAAAUGAA